AUGGCCGGGGAACGCCCGCUCUCGUCCUGCCAGCUCCAGUUCCGCGUCCUGCUGCUGGGGGACGCGGACGUGGGCAAGUCUUCUCUGCUGCGACGCUACGUGGAGGGAGACUCCUGGGCUGAUCCGCCCCCCAGCUCCACGGUGGGCGUCGAGUUCUCCUGCCGUGUGCUGGAGCUGGCCUCGGGCUCGAGGGUCAAGCUGCAGUUCUGGGACACGGCCGGUGACGAACGCUUCAGGAGCAUAACUCGGUCCUUCUACCGGAAUAUGGUAGGUGUCCUGCUGGUCUUUGAUGUGACCAACAGGAAAUCUUUCAACCACAUAAAAGACUGGUACCAGGAGGUGGCUUCCAUGCAGGGACUGGACAAGGUUAUCUUCCUAUUGGUUGGCCACAAGAAUGACCUGCAGCAGGCUCGUCAGGUGUCAACCCAGGAAGGAGAAACUUUAGCUUCAGUUCUGGGCAUGCCUUUCCUGGAGACCUCCGCCAAGACCAACAGCAAUGUGACUCUGGCUUUCGAGACUCUUGCCUGUGGAAUCCAGCAGGCCCUCCAGAAUGGGGAGAUCAAAGUGGAUGGAGCCUGGAGGGGAGUCAGGAUUAUUCAACAAACCCAGCCCCCCCUAAACCAGCUCAGAAAAAAACCAACUGGUCAGUGUCAGUGUUGA